UAGAAAACUUGGUCGCUUAUUGCUAAGUUCCUACCAGGUAAUAAGAAUACGAGAUGGUCAUUCCGCGGCUCCGGCGAAGCAGCAGCAGCGAACAACUCCAAAAACAGGAAUGUUUCAGGCAUGGAAACUGCAGCAAAAACAUGGCUUGGGAACAGAAACAAAGUUUCUCCAUUAUUGGAAGGAGGAGGUUCAGAACAGAUUGUUCCCUAUGGGAGAAGCAGAAGCAGAGAGCAGACUAUUGAUUUAUCAAUGGCGCUUGCUAUGGCUCUCAGCAAUGGCGGGAAGCUCCAAAAUAUUGAAAUUAUGGGCAGUCCCAAUGCAGGAAGGAAGAUUGUGCUGCACAUGGAUGGUGGGAUGGGUUCUAAGUUCCCUCAAAUAGGAGAAGUGGUCAAAGGUGUGCAAAAUCUUAAUAUGAUACUUAAGGCGUGCUCUAAUGGGUUUAGUUUCAGCAGAGAUUUUGCAGAAAUUGGGGGAGAAUUGCUUAAAGGGGCCAUGGAUCUCGAGGAAUCAUUGAAAAUGCUAAUGAAGAUUCAAAACGCUUCGGAUUACAUGGUCGGUUCACAGAAAAAGCAGCAGUUAAAAUUGCUGAAAGGGGAAGAGGAAGAAGAUGAGACCCAGCGGACGGCGGGGAGCAGGACCAAGUUUUCUUUUAUCAGAGAGCGCCGCGGUGCCGGAGUUUCGGAGCCAAAGAAAAAGUCUGCAUCUGAAGAUGAAAAGUCGAGGUAUUUGGGGUCGAACUCCAAUGGCAAUUCAUCCAAAAGUUCCAUACAGUUCAUUUCGCAUGUCAGAUCUAUAAGCGGUGGCUCAGGUUUCAAGUCUGAUGCUCCAGCUGUGAGACAUGGAAGUCAGGAAUUGGUAAGACUGUCAACUAAUGGAGUUUCUUCUAUUUCAAAAUACAAGGACGAUGAAAAGGUUAGGAUACCAAAUAUCAUAGCAAAACUAAUGGGCUUAGAAGAGCUUCCAGCACCAAAAGAAGCAAAGAGCAACGAAAUGCGGAAAGCUCCACAGUUGAAAGAGAUGAGCAGCAAGUUGGUGGAAAUUGAUAAAGAUUUCAACAUGAAGGAGGUUACUGUGAUAGCUAACUCUACGAAAAAAAUGCUAAAUCCUGAUGCACAAGAAAGAGGAAUGAAUGAUAUAGUAAGGAACAACUCAAGAAAUUCAAAAAUCUCGCAAAAUUCAAGUCCAGCAUCACAAGAUUCACUGAAGAAAUGCAUCGGAAAUAGCGCGCAGAUGGAUGUGAACAACAUAGAUCACAGAAGUGAAUUUACAAUUACAAAGCAACAAAUGAAAGGAAGAAAUGAGCAUAUUACUCCGGCAGUUGGGAAUUCUUUUACAGAUCACAGGAAUGAUAAAGGGGUUAGAAAAAAGGAUGAAACAGUAAGCAGAGAGGAAAAAACAGCUAGAAAGCAACCAAGGACUGAUAAAAUUUCGCAGAUUGGUUCUUCAGUUAAGAUUGAAAACUCAGAUCACGAACAGAAAUGCAAUAUGGCGAUUUCAGAUGCAAAAUAUGACAAUGUUGGGAAGAUGGAAAUGAUUCAGGUAGAGGACGGGUCGGUUUUAAAGCAACAAAGAAAAGCCCAAACGAUAUCUGUUGUUUCUAAUCAAUCUCACAAUGAAAGAUACAGCGAGCAGAUGCAACAUCUUCAAGUCCUGCAAACUGGAGAAAGAAUUAAAGAAACUAAUGCUGAAAAGAAGUCUGGUACAAAAGGUGAGUUGCAGCCCUCCACAGCAAAUAAAAAACUCAUCAAGAAGUCAAAGGACAUUGAGAAACAUCCUAAUGAGAUGAGGGCAAAGAAACAGUCCGGUAAAGGUGUCGAUUCAAAUAAAAAUGAUUUAAUGAGUAAAACUGGCAGGCAAUCGAGAAAAGAAAAUCUAAAGAUCAUUUCUGAUGGAGCAAAUAUAAGGAACAAAAACACUCAGAACCAUUAUAGAGGAAAUAAUUUGAAUGAACAAAGCCUGUAUAAAAGAUUGCCAUUGAACAGCGAUACAGGACUGGAAAAGAGGGCCAGAACCUCAAUGAAAGCAAUAGUCAUGAAGAAACCUACACAGAUUCAAUCAGUACAAAAAGUAAAUAUCCUAAAGGUAACAGAACAAGACAUCUAUAGGAGAAGCUUGGUAGAAGUAACCUUACAAAAGAAAUCUCUGGACGUAAGUCAGGCCAUGGAACAGAGAAGUUCCAUUUUAGAAGAACUAGAGUACAGAUGGAAGGAAAGAAAUAAGAAAGUGGAAGGAGUGGAUAGAGAUUCUGACACAAGCCUGGAACUCAACAUGCGGCAAAAUAUUGAAAUUAGUUUAGUAAAUCUUCCAGAAGACGAUGGCAACAAGGAAAUCACCAUUUGGAAUCCUAUUUCAGGAGAUGAUACAAAAGCUUGCACUUGCAGCAGCCCUCUCACCAGAGAUACAACCAUCGAAGCCAAAAUGGAUCAGUCAAUACAAGAAGAAAUAAAUGUGAAAGCUGAAAAGGAAAAUAGUGGUUAUCAGGUUCCAGAAAGGUCUGGCAUCACCAUGACAGAUUUUGUAGACAAGUGUUCCCAAGAAGACCCCACACAGAAAUUUCAAGAAAUACGAUCCAGCUAUACAGAAAACGGAGAAGAAGAUUAUAGCAGAUCAAUGCAACUCAACAGCAGUAAAUCUAUAAUACAUGAGGAUCCAACAAUGGUGGAUGCAGAUCAGCAAGCGGUACUUACAAAAGAUGAAGGCGCCCUCAAGAAAAUGCUCAUAACCAGCCAAAACUUCCUGAGUGCAGCACAAUCACUUUUCCAAGUUAACAUUCCUGUUGAACUACUUCAAGCAACUACAGCUGAAAGUUCAGAUAAAGACGCCAGAUUUAUCAUUGAUUGCGGAUAUGAAUUGCUAGGAAGAAAAGGCAAAAGAGAAGAGCUAAGUUGCUUUUCCAGGAAAGGGUCUCUCGCACCUUUGAAGAGAAAAAAUUUAGACAUAUUAAUCAAAGAGGUGAAUGCUGAUCUCGAAAGCUUGAAGUACCAAAUUAAUGGUGAGGGGUGUGAUGAUGAUCUUGCAAUCUGCCUCAACAAGAUGAUAGAGAAAGACAUCCAGAACUGGCAUCCAGACAUUAACUGUUUAUGGGAUUUUGGUUGGGGCAGCAACACAUUUGUCUGCUUGGAAAAAAAUGAAAUAGUAAUGGAUGUGGAAAAAUCUGUGUUAAAUGGGCUACUAAACGAAUUAAGUAGGGAUUUACUAAAUGUAAGCAUCAGCAUAGUCUGAAAAUAGUUUAUUAAAAUAUAAUGUUAAAAGAACAUUGAUUUUUGGAGAAUCUUAGUUAAGAGUUUUGUACGACGUCUCUUCAAUGGGAUGUUUAUAAAGAAUACAUGUGAGGUAUGGGUAUGCUAAGCUAGGGUUAGUGAGAAGUAAAGAGGCUGAGAGUUAUGAAUGAAGGAGAAGCCUAGAAUUUCAAACAAGGGUGGAAGCUGGCAGUUUCAACUUGGAGAAGCCUUGAAUUUGAAUUUGGGAGAGAGCCUUGAAAUCUUCAUUGUGUGGCCCGUCCAAGAAUUUAGUUUGCAUGAUUUGGCCG